UUAUUCUAGGGUAUAUUGGCGUUUACAUUGAACGUUGGCACACACGACAUGAGGUCAAAGUGGUUAAACUGGCUGGAUAGACAUUGUCCGAACGACACCGUUAAUUGCUCAUAACAGCCCACAGUGGCCAUUUUUAAGAAAUUCAUCAAUCUCCAGUAGAUGCUUCGUAUUGUUCUUCACUAUUGAGCUCAUAUCAAUGGCAUCGAUGGUGCAUCUUCAACACCCACGAAACCAAAUGACAUUUCCUCCUUCCGCUGGACCUAGAACCGCUAAUAAAAUAUCAUACUCUCCUCCUUUCUCUUGUAGCCUUAAAAUCUCUCCACCUUCUCGAAAGCGAAGUAAACUCAAGCCGCUUUGCUCCUACGCGGACUCCAAGGCCAACAACUCCCCUGCCAAGGUUUAUCGCCGCCAGAAACGCAAAAACCCUCAAAAGGAUUGGAAAUUUAGCAAUAAUAAUCAAAACGAUAAUGACCCAUUGCGUAGAAUUUCCACAAUUGUUCUUCCAACAGUUGAUUUGAUGAGUUUGUGCAAGGAAGGCAAGAUUAAGGAAGCAUUGGAGUAUGUUGGUCAGGGUGCUUUUGCUGAUUAUGGUGUCUUUGGUGCUCUAUUGGAUUCAUGUGGGAGUUUGAAGCUGCUUGAUAUGGGUAAACGGGUACAUGAGUUAUUGAAACAGUCACCGUUUGCAGGUGAUAUUGAAAUGAACAACAAAUUGAUUAGAAUGUACGGGAAGUGUGGGUGUAUGGGAGAUGCACGCCGGGUGUUUGAUAGAAUGCGGGAGAGGAAUAUGGGUUCUUGGCAUUUAUUGAUGAGCGAGUAUGCAGAGAAUUGGCAGGGGGAAAAUGGUCUUAUGAUGUUUGAGGAGAUGAAAAAAGAGGGGUUACAUCCCGAUAAGGAGACUUUCGUGGCUGUCUUCGCAGCAUGUUCUAGUGCAGGAGCUGUUGAAGAAGGUUUAUUGCACUUUGAAGCAAUGAGGAGUGAGUAUGGUAUCGCUCCAGGGAUUGACCAUUAUCUUGGGGUAAUUCAUGUUCUGGGUAAUGCUGGUCAUUUGAGGGAAGCUGAGGAGUUAAUUCAGAGAAUGCCAUUUGAGCCUACAGCGGAAGUUUGGAGGGCUCUGAGGAAUUAUGCCCGAAUUCAUGGAGAUAUUGAACUUGAAGAUCGUGCUGAGGAAUUGUUGGUUGCUGUUGAUUCUUCUGAGCCCAAUGCUGAUAUAAUCCCGCUGCCUCAGAGGAAGAAACAAUCUGCUACUAAUAUGUUGGAGGAGAAGAAUAGGUUGGCUGAAUAUCGGUGUACCGAGCCCUACAGGGGAGAGGGGUAUCAGAUGGUGAAAGGUUUAAAUGGGCAGAUGAGAGAAGCAGGUUAUGUUCCGGACACAAGAUAUGUGCUUCAUGACAUUGAUGAGGAGGCAAAAGAGCAGGCCUUACUGUAUCACAGUGAGCGCUUGGCCAUUGCUUAUGGUUUGAUCAGUACUCCUGCAAGGCAAACUCUUAGAAUCAUGAAGAAUCUUCGUAUAUGUGGCGACUGCCACAAUGCAAUAAAAAUUAUGUCAAGGAUUGUUGGGAGGGAGCUUAUUAUCAGGGACAACAAGCGGUUUCAUCAUUUCAAAGACGGCAAAUGCUCUUGUGGGGAUUACUGGUGAAAAAUGUUACUGUUUGAUGCCAUACUGCUGUGAUUAUAUAUGCCUUUAAGCAUCAUCUGUAGUUCAUUACUAUAACUUUUAGGGAUUACAACAUAUUCAGGUGUCCAUUGCUUGUAGUAGAUUCCAAAAGUACAUUAAAUCGACAAGAAGUUGAGAGAUUCACCUAUAAUGACA